UAAAGCCACGCCCCUUCGCCUGAAAUCCCCCAUUACGUCACGGGAGAUCAUUGCGGAAGUGGAACAGGCGACGACACAACACAGACAGAAACCUAAAUAAGUUGGUGUGUACGGCUGAUUUCCUUUGACAGAUCACAGAUCAUCAUGCUGGGGGGAGGAUUUAAAGCGGAGAGGCUAAGAGUCAACCUCCGGCUGGUCAUCAACCGACUCAAACUCCUAGAGAAGAAGAAAACCGAGCUCGCUCAAAAGGCAAGAAAGGAGAUUGCAGACUACCUCUCGUCGGGGAAGGAUGAGCGGGCGCGGAUCCGCGUGGAGCACAUCAUCAGGGAGGACUAUCUGGUGGAAGCCAUGGAGAUCCUGGAGCUUUACUGCGACCUGCUGCUGGCUCGCUUUGGUCUCAUUCAGUCUAUGAAGGAACUGGAUCCUGGCCUACAGGAGGCAGUGUCGACCCUCAUUUGGGCAGCACCUCGUCUCCAGUCAGAGGUGUCUGAACUGAAAAUUGUGUCUGAACAACUGUGUGCAAAAUAUAGCAAGGAAUACGGCAAGCUGUGCAGGACAAACCAGAUUGGGACAGUUAACGACAGGCUGAUGCACAAGCUGAGCGUGGAGGCUCCUCCCAAGAUCUUGGUGGAACGUUACCUGAUAGAGAUCGCCAAGAACUAUAACGUGCCGUAUGAGCCUGACGCCAUGGUGCGGCCCGAGGUUUGCACCGGAGAGGAGGCCGACCUGAUCGACGUGGACAACGACAAGAAGUCUGGAGGUGGAGGAGGAGGUGGCGGUGGAGGAGGCUUCAGUGCUCCUGCGAUGCCCAUGCCCAUGGCGAUGCCCAUGCCUAUGCCCAUGCAUAUGCCAGGACCUUUCAACUACCCACCAUCCAAAGGAGCUGAACCAUUUCACCCUCCCACUGGUACCUACGACAACUUCCAGCACCACAUGGGGGGAGGGCAGCCCCCACAGCUGCCCACUUCUCCCCCGACAUACGAGUCCAUUGAUGACAUCUCUGACAAACCGUCUGUUCCUUCCCAGGCCGUAGGUCCUGGCCCGUCGCCUCAUCUGUUCGACAACAACGCUCUCCCGGAGCUGCCCUCCGUCCCCGACACGCUCCCGACCUCCUCCUUCGGCGGAAACGCCACCACCUCGGACGACAUCGACUUUGACGAUUUAACGCGUCGGUUUGAGGAGCUGAAGAAGAAAACUUAAUUUACUUAAACCUCUGGUCUAUACUCACACACACACACACACACUCCGACACACACACACACACACACACACACACAGUAGCUGUGUUGUCACGGACACAGCUCAGGACAGGAAACGGGAAAUGUUCAAGGCUGUCGAUCAGAUUUGUGGGUCCUUCUGUAAUGUAAUUUUAAAUAAUGAUUAAACAUAGGUAUACGCUUACCUCAUUUGUAUACACAUGACCAGAGUACUGAGGGUGUGGUCGCUCACUAAUUGACACCGUCUGUCAGCAGAAAUGUCAUUUUUCUACCUAGUGAGUGCCACAUAUUUAAAUUUAUUUCUGGCACACUAUUAAGUUCUUACAUACAAUCAUGUGGGCAUCGACCCGAUGUCCACUCCUUCUUCUUCUUUAAGGUCACACUGACUUUUAACUUUGUGAUAAAUCAAAUUUCAAUUUUAAUUCUUGUUUUUUUUUUAGUCUGACUAAUAUUUACAGUACAUGCCUUGAUUCUACUUUGCACAUGCUAAUGUCGCUGUGAUCUUUUUUCCACUGUGUCACUCAGUCUCUGUGUCAGACCGGUUUUACGAGCUCGGCGGGCCGUUCCGCUUUGGUGGAGACGUGGCUCUCGGUGGCGUCACCGUUUUGUUUUUCGUGGGGCGAGGCUCCCGACACUGAGCAAAGCUUUUUUACAGUCGGCAUCGGAAACAAUUUGAAUGCAUAUUUUCCAGUGUGUUUGAGCAGUCGCCGUCACGGUGGAGUUGACUUCGGAUUGUGCGUUUCUAUCGGAAAUAAGUGCGAACGUGUGCGUCCGGCUCGUUCUGACGCGGGUGUGAAGCGACAACAAAAGCGAAAUGUGUAAUAUAAUACAUUCACAGUGAUAUAGACUUUAUUUACAGCGACAAUUUAACUGUACAGCGAAAAUGAGGGUGGGAGCAGGGAGUUGUUCGAGGUUUGACAAAUCCGUUUUAUAUACAGUUUCUCCAAAUAAAGUUGUUUUUUUGAAUGUCGAUUGUACCAAAUACCUGCACUUUCCUACCACUGAAGGACUUCAUUUACAAGCAAAAUCCUCAAAUACGAAAAGCAGUCGCUCAACAACCCUGAUUUGAUUAGAUGUAAAUUUGUCUUCUGUCAUCGUGUGCAUGUACGUGCAAACACUGCAUUUGCCUUAGCUCUCAUCUCUCAUCAGAGGCCUUGCCAGUCUGCGCUAGCAUUUAGCAUUUCUUAUCCAUCUAGACUGGAGACACUUGAUUAGAUUUGCUUUAUUUGUAACCAAUCCACAGUUAAAAAACAGUAUAAAUUUGCACAUUGGGGUUUAAAGAAAUAAAUGAAAUAAGAGUCAGAGAGUUUUAUUACAGUCACGCCACGCUGCCGUCAGCUAAACACGCCCCGGCUCCUCUCUUUGCACGGCGGCCUCACAUAAAAUGAUUCAGCAGUUUUUUUUCUGAACGCUCUCCAGUUUUAGAGCCGACGCAGUUUAUUUAAAUAGGAUUCAUGUUGGAGUGAGUAGGGACGAUUAACACUACUGAACUGUGACCUGAUCACUCUCUGUCUUUUCUAUGUUGGGACUGUUUAUUUUCUGACCUGAAACCCUGAGACACAAAAUAGAGUCUCACUGCAAAUAAUAAAAAAAACAAACACCAGUAGUUGUUUUUGUUUUGUUUGUUUGUUUUUCCAAAUGUAUACUUACUUAACAAUUUAAUAAAGGAUUAUUUGGAACUGGA